CGGAAGUAUGACCUUAGAUUCAACUGUUGACGGUUAGGUUCUGUCACAGACAAAAAUGAAGCCAUCACUGGACUCGGACGAGGAGGAAGAAUUAGGAGCUUAUCAAAAGAAACUGAGAGAGAGAGCAAACCGAAGUAUUCAGCAGCUGAGCAGCAUGUUAGCAAACCAGAGCUCUGACGCUGAAGCCUUGGAACAGGGGAGCAGUCAGAACAGCCUGCCGGAAAGCUCAUGGCAGAACGUACAGCAGAGUGAAGCAGCCAAUCAGCUACGUUCUUUGCUUCAGAGACAGUCCAGAGAAGCACAAGUUCAGCCUCCUUCCCCUUCAAAGAGGAAAUCUGUUCCCAAGCAGAAGCACACAGAUGAGGAUGGUGGCAGUUUGCCUGCAGUUCAAGACUUGGUUCCCAUCAUUCACAAUCAGUCAGAGUACAUCCAGCACCUUGAGGCUGAGGUCAAGUUCUGCAAGGAGGAGCUUCUUACAAUGAAGCAACGAGUCAGAGUGGUGGUUGUGGAGAAUGAGAAACUGCAUGAGGAACUCAAAGCAAAGAUGGUGGAAGACACUUUAAAGGAAUACACUCUCUUGGAUGGCACGGUAAAUGGAGAAACCACAGUAGAUAAAAUCACUUCAACUCCAGCAGCAAAGUCAAGACUGUCUUCUAAUCACCAAAUGGAGGACAACAAGUGGAAAAAAGAGCUGGAGCAGCUGAAGUGUCUCUACCAAGCCCAGACUGAGACUUUAGAAGCUCAAGUUGUUUCACUAAAGAAGGACUUGGUGAGCUGUCAGAAAGAGUGUGAGGAGGUGAAGGAGCGUCUGAGGCAUAAGGAAGCAAUGGCAACUUUGGGGGGCACUACUCAGCGUGUUGGGGGGCUGUGUGUGAAGUGUGCUCAACAUGAGGCUGUCCUGGCAGAAACUCACACCAAUGUUCAUGUCCAGGCCAUUGAGAGAGUUACGAAAGAGCGAGAUGAGUUGAUGACAGCGCUGUGCGCUUUGAGGGCCAGUCAGGGUGAGACUCAGCAGAGGGAGUGGGCUGCCUAUCAGCAGGUCAAACAGGCUGUGGAGAUGGCAGAGGAGGCUAACCUGGAGAAGACCAAGGCACUAGUGCAGUGUGAGCAUAUGCACGCUGAGCUGGCCAGGCAGAGAGAGAGACUGGAGAAGGAGCUGGCCUCCGAGCAGGAGAAGAUCUCCCAGGCCAGGGAGUCAGCACGCUCUGAGAGCAAGCGAGAGAAAGAGGAGCUUGCCCAGACAGUGACCUCUUUGACCAGGAGAGUGGCUGAGCUAGAGGGACUUUUGGACCGAGGAGAGAGAGAAAGAAACUCCCUUAACACACAACUAGAGGAGGCCUUUAAGAAGCUCACAUCACAGGAAGCUGAAAGCAGCAAGGCGUGCGGAGAGCUGCGCUACCAGCUCAGCCAGGCCCAGCUUAAGAGAGAAGAGGCCGAGAGGGAGUUAAGGGACACCAGCUCCAAACUGAGCCGGCAGCUCGAGCUGGCAGAACAGGAAGUGCAGAAGCUGGGUGUGGAGUUGAGCGGCAGCCGGCAGCGUUUGGAGGAGGCCCAGAGGGCGGAGGGCCGAGCACGGGCGGAGGCAGCCGGCCUGGCCGAGGGGCUGAGCCGCGCCCAGCGCCAACUGCACCUCACCAGGCAGGAGAAGGAGGCAGCGGAGCGCUGUUGUGCGGAGGACAUGGCCGCUCUGACCUUCCAGGCGCAGCGGCGCGAACGCGAGCUGACACACACACUCCAGCAAAUGGAAGCGCAGCACGAGCAUAGUGUUGCAGAGAUGGAUGCCUUGCUGAGCUCUCAGAAUGGCCUCAUAGUGAAGCUGAAGGAGGAGUGUCGUGUUCUGGGUUCAAAACUGGAGGAGCUGACCCAGACUAGCAGGGCGGAGGUGGAACAGCUGUCUCUAGAGAAAGAGCACCUGCAGGACGCUGUGGAGAAGCUUCGAGGUCGCUGUCAAGAAAUGGAGGAGCAGUGUGUGCAGCAUGGGAGAAUGCACCAGCGCAUGAAACAGAGACUGCAGCAGCUGGACCAACACUGUCAGUACAGCGCUCAGCAGGUGCUGGAUCUGCUCAGCAGACAGAAGCAGCUCAUGCAGGAGAGGCAGCUCCUCAGUGAAGAAAUGCAGAACCUCCGCAUUCAGUUACCAGCCGAGAGGAGAGAAGAUCUUCCAACAGUGUGAGGGUGGCUCUCUCUCUCUCUCUCUCUCUCUCUCUCCCUCUCAACCGCCUUUGGAGUUCAUCUGAUCACCAACAGUCUGCCGUCGCUGCCCGUUCGAUCUGAUAAAUCAUCAACAUUUUGCUACAAGUAUAAAGUGGGUGAAUUAGUGCGAGUUUGUGCGUGUGAUGGCUGCAGGGGUCCGAGUGACAUCACCAUUCAUGCUGGGCGCACAGCAGCAAUACUGGCUCCUCGUCACCAACACAAACGCACACAUACAUCACACCUUCUGCACUCCCUGGAUGCUGCACAUGGAUUCGGUAAAUUACUUCCAUGAGCACCAUGAACUGUUUCUUACUGCAGCAGAUUGACUUGUGAUCUGAUCAUUUUGAUGGUGCUGGUUUUUAUACUUAAUUUAGUAGGAUUUGUAUUUUUAUGGUUUGUAAACAUUUGUUAUGCUUUCUAGUUGUCAAUAAAUUAUUUAUAUAUUCUUCUUAUAUACGUAGUCUACCUCUACCUUGACUGUAGCAAUAAAACAGAAUGGCAUUGGUGUUUAAAUCAGUCAGAAAACAGUCUGAACAAGCAAAACACCCAGAAAGCAGAUUGACGUAGUGCUUUAUUUAAGCAGUCUGUAAGAAGGAAAAUAAUGUGCAUCCCUAUCAUAUACAUUUACAUGUAAAAAUACUAAGGAUGUUCAGUGUACAAAAACAAGUUCUCGCAGAUCAGCAUUCUCACAUCCCUGUGAGCCACAGAUUCAAGGAAAUAAACGUUCUCUUUUAGUCAUUAAAUAUGACAACCAGUAAUACAGUCCUUUGUUUUGUUUUUUUGGGUCAAGUCCCUUCUGCAUAAAAUUCUUAACCACAUGACUAGAUCUUAACAUGGAUCUAAUGACAGAGCUAGCAAGGUCAAGAAGUGUCACAAACUCUAAAGCUACAUGGACGUAAAAUUAAUUACAAGUUAUUGAUUCUUUUUUUUUCCAGGUUUUGUCGGUUUUGUUCUUAAAUAAAUACUUUACAGUUCAUGCUUGUUCAUAAUACACUACCAGGAGAAAGUCUGUUGUAGACAGUACAAACAGUAGCAGCAAAGAGUACGUUGAGGUGUAAAAUAUUUGUUAUAGACCCUGCAGUAAGUAAGAAUGGAACCCAUUUUCUCAGAUGGCCUGGUGUCUGCCAGGUGUCUGUGUGGGGGGGGGGUUUUCUCCCUCACACUAUUUCACUCCUCCAUCAUCACCCACAGAGAGGGAGGAGCCUACUUUAACCUUCUGUUUGGGGCCAGAGGCGCAAGAAUCAAAGCUUGCGCUAUAACCUUUAUACUGGGUUUCCAUGUUUGAGCACGGCUUCUUUAGUUUGCUUUAUUCGGCGAGUUGAGUAUGUUUUUGACAGUAACGGUUGAGGUGGUGUCAUUGGUCCAGUCCAACUUUUCCCGGAAAGCUGUAGAAAGCGCUCAGAAGGAGGGAGGAGGGGAAAAGUCGGCCUGUCUGAAUGUCACCGAAGCGAACCCUUUUUUUUGUUUGUUUUUUUGUUUUUUUUUGUGUCUCCUGGCAGCGUCUCACCACAUUCACACCAUUACACUUUACAAAGCAAAAUUACAUUAUUACAAAAAGAAACAUAGCGUGGGCAGGGAAUGUGUGCUUUCAAGUACUUUUUUUUCUUUCUUUUUAAAGCAGGGACCUCAUUUCAUAUCUGAACUAUAGAAAAAGGGCAAUGGGCAUGAAAGUGCAGCUAUACAUAUUUCAAAGUUUUGCGACUAUGGAUUUUUAAAAAAGUGUAUAAUGAUUUUUUUUUUGGCCCGCAGUGGCAAAGGUCCUUUCUCAGAGUGUACUGUAUUAUCAGGUAUGUCCUUCACAUGCAAGGUACCGACACAUAGCGUCACUCCUGUCUCUGCUUCUCUUUUCUUCCAGGAGGAGUCUGAAUCAUCAGACUCCACACGUGCAUAUUCAUUUGAAGGAACAGUGUCACAGUAGGAGUCAAUCCCAAUGAGGCAAUGCAUCACAAAGUCAGGUAGAGCACAAGUGAGCCAAAUAAA